CGACAGCUGAGUAGCAGCUAAAUGCGUUUUUUUUCACCUGUAACGUUGGCCCUGUUCAACUCCACUGAGACGAAGUUACGUAAAAAUGGGAGACAAGAAGAGUCCCACGAGGCCAAAACGGCAGUCCAAGCCCUCCUCCGACGAUGGUUACUGGGACUGUAGCGUCUGCACAUUCAGAAACACCGCUGAGGCGUUUAAGUGCAUGAUGUGUGAUGUCAGGAAGGGGACGUCAACUCGAAAACCACGGCCUGUUUCUCAGCUGGUUGCACAGCAAGUAAAUCAGCAGUUCGCACCACCCACACACCUUAAAAAAGAGAAGAAAGAAAAAUCAGAAAAGGACAAGAGUGAGAAAGAACUGACGCUGAAGAAGAAAAGCCAUAAAAAGAUGAGGCCCAGGUUAAAAAACAUAGACAGAAGCAGUGCUCAACAUCUAGAGGUCACAGUUGGAGACUUGACAGUAAUAAUCACAGACUUUAAGGAGAAAGCUAAACCCACGUCCACUUCAGCAAGCGCCGCCUCAGCAGACCUACACAGUCAAAGUGGCUCAAGCUCUGACAACACUGAACGAGGAGUCUCCAGAUGCUCCUCACCUCGUGGGGAAGGCUCAUCAGUCAAUGGAGAGACUCACUAACCUUCACCCAUAGCAGCACAACCCAUUCCUCUGCACUCUCAACAGCCUCAACCAGAGAUUAACUUCAACAUGCACAUUUAAAAAAAAAAAAAAUUAAAAAUACUAUAAAUGCCAAUAUGAUAGCAUUCACUUCCAUUUUUGGGUUGUAUUUUUCACCACCUUCCCAUGACGACAAAGCAUUCAGGAGUCAAGAUGUAUGCUGAAUUCAAAGAACUGUUGCAGCAGAAUCUACCGUGAUGAACUGAAAAACAGAACAGUAGCAUUAAAUCCUGGAUGUCAGCGGAACUGUGCCAGACGUUGUGGUGGCUUGUGUUUUAGCACUUCAGUGUGACGUCACCAUCACACAGUUGAUAGUUCCUGUUAUGGACUACUGAAAGUAUUCAGAGUGAUGGCUGCAAAGAAUACGUGAUGCAUUAUGAAAGAAAUGUGAAAAUCAUCUCAGAAUUGUAGUUCAUUGUUGAAUUUUGUUAUCAUUAUUUGCACUUGAUGGUAUCCUUUUGUUCAUAAUAUUUUUUUUUAACGUUAUUUUCACUUUGCCAUUAUCAGCCAAUCAUAACACUGUUGGUUUCUGGCCUUAUCCAGCUCUCAUUUUUGCCAUUUGAUGCAAUAAAUGUUUUACUGUCUAACAUUUGAGUAAAAAAUAUUGAACAGUUAUUCUAAGUAUGCUUCUUCUUCACUUUGUAGAGUUGAGCAUGAUUUAAUCUAUAGGAUGGUUUAUAUUGUAAAAUAUUGUGAAAUAAAAAUAAGUUGUAG